UGCACGCUGGGAUAUUUAAGUCUCCUCCGCGGCGCGGAGCCGCAAUGUCUCCGGCGGCUGCGGCGGCUGGCGGAGGCGAUCCACGGCGGCCGGCAUUGGGCCUGCGGGAGGGCCGGGGCCGGACCCGGGGCUGCGGUGGAUUGGCGGGCGCUGCGGCGCUCGGCUUAGCGCUCCUCGGCCUCGCGCUUUACUUGGUGCCGGCGGCGGCCGCAUUGGCCUGGCUGGCCGUGGGGGCGAGCGCAGCCUGGUGGGGCCUGAGCCGCGAUCCCCGCGGACCUCGCGGCCUUUCCUCGCUCGUGCGCGACGCGCGACGCCAGCCGCGAACCGCGCUCACCUCCUCGGCGCUUCCCGCCAAGUCGGCGGUUAACGGUAACCUCCGGGAGCCCCGCAGCCCACUCGGAGGCCCCGACCCCGCCGAGCUCUUGCUCAUGGGCAGCUACCUGGGUAAACCCGGCCCACCGCAGCCUGCCUUCGCUCAGGAGGCCAGGGACCCGCCGGACAGGCCCAGCCGCCGCACGCCCACACUCUCCCCACCGCCGGCACCCGCCGCCCAGCGCGUCCAUCAUGUCUACCCCGCGCUCCCCACCCCACUCCUACGAGCCUCCCGAAGGCCUCCGCACCGGGAUUGUGGGACAUUAUCCAAUCGGUUUAUCAUAACACCUCGAAGACGCUAUCCAAUCCAGCAGGCCCAGUAUUCUUUGCUGGGGUCACUGCCAACAGUGUGUUGGAAUGGUGGUCACAAGAAGGCCGUGCUGUCUGCUCGGAAUUCAAGGAUGGUGUGUAGCCCUGUGACAGUGAGGAUUGCUCCUCCAGACAGCAAGCUGAUGCGCUCGUCAAUGCCAGAGCAGACACUCAACUCCACACUGUCCUCACCAUCAAGUAAUGCCCCAGACCCAUGUGCAAAGGAGACAGUGCUGAGCGCCCUCAAAGAGAAGAAGAAAAGGACAGUGGAAGAAGACGACCAGCUAUUCCUUGAUGGCCAAGAAAACAAGAGAAGGCGCCAUGAUAGCAGUGGGAGCGGGCAUUCAGCAUUUGAGCCCCUUGUGGCCAACGGAGUUCCUGCUGCUUUUGUGCCUAAGCCUGGCUCUCUGAAGAGAGGCCUGGCUUCCCAGAACUCAGAAGACCACUUGAACAAGCGUUCUCGCACCUCCUCUGUGAGCUCCCUGACCAGCACAUGCACAGGAGGCAUCCCUAGCUCCAGCCGCAAUGCUAUCACCAGCUCCUACAGCUCCACCCGUGGCAUCUCGCAGCUGUGGAAGAGGAGUGGCCCCACAUCAUCUCCCUUCUCCAGUCCAGCCUCCUCCCGCUCCCAGACACCAGAGAGGCCAGCCAAGAAAACAAGAGAGGAGGAGCCAUGCCAGCCUUCCAGCUCUUCAGCUCCCCUGGUGACAGACAAAGAGUCCCAAGGAGAAAAGGUUGCAGAUACAACACCCCGGAAGCAGCAGAGUUCAUGGACUUCUCCAUCCACGCCUGGCAGCUCUGGGCAGCGCAAACGCAAGAUUCAACUGCUGCCCACACGGCGAGGGGACCAGCUAACCCUGCCUCCUCCCCCCGAGCUUGGCUAUUCCAUCACUGCCGAGGACCUGGAGAUGGAGAGGAAAGCCUCACUGCAGUGGUUUAACAAAGUCUUGGAGGACAAGAUUGAUGCUGCCUCUACCUCAGUCUCUGAAACCCCACCCACCAUCCAGCCUUCCUUUACUUUCACUCUGCCUGCUGCGGGGCCUGCUCCCUCACCAGCUCCCAGCCCUAACCCACUGUUAGAAAGCUUGAAGAAGAUGCAGGACUCUCCAGCCCCGCCCUCCUCAGAACCCGCUGAGGCAGCAACCACCACUGCUGCCCCUUCACCUCUGAAGACACCCAGCCUCUUGGCCUCUCUUGGCUCACCAUCAACUGGGCCCCUGCCAGCCACAUCGUCGGAUACCAAACCCACAGCCGCCUCCCUUGGCCUGGCCCAGACUUCAUCGCCAACACCACUCACUGACACCAAGUCCCCUGCAGCUCCACAGGCUGAACCAUCUGUCAGCACCCCAGCAUCCAAGGCCCCCUCCCCAACUCCAAAGCCCAGCAUGCUCUUUGGCAUGCUAAGUCCACCUGCCAGCAUUUCCUCCCCCACCACUCCCAGCACAACUACUGCUUCUCCCAUGUUCAAGCCCAUUUUUCUGGCCACACCUAAAAGCGAGAGUGUCAGCCCCUUGCCAGCCAGCUCCUCUGCCACCACUGCAGCCUCAUCCAGCACCACCCUCCCCACGACAGCCAGCAGCACAGCCCCCACUUUCAAGCCCAUCUUUGGCAGCUUGGGGCCCCCUCCAGCCAUGCCCAUCGUAGCUGCCUUCUCCCUGAAGACAACUGCCACAGCCACAACUGCAGCCACAUCGGCCCCACUCUUCACUGGCCUGUGCACUGCCACCUCCACAGUGGCUUCUGGUACCACAGCCUCUGCCUCAAAGCCCAUCUUCGGCUUUGGGGUGAACACUGUGGCCAGCACCUCAAGCAGCACCACCAUGACUUCGGCCUCCCAACCACUCCUCUUCGGGGGAGCCCCCCCUGCCACUGCUGCCAGUUCCACCCCGGCUUUGGCUUCCAUCUUCCAGUUCGGCAGGCCCCCAGCCCCAGCAGCAUCUGCAGCAGGCACCUCCUUCGGCCAGCCCCUGGCCAGCACUGCCCAGACAGCCACCAGCAGCAGCAGUGGCACUGCUGGCUUCAGUGGCUUUGGCAGCACCCUCACCACCUCCACUUCUGCGCCCACCACCAGCAGCCAGCCCACUCUGACUUUCAGCAGCACUGUCACCCCCACCUUCAACAUUCCAUUUGGCUCCAGCGCCAAGGCUGCACUCCCACCCUUUGGAGGCACUAGCUCCCAACCCACCUUUGGAGCCACUGAGGGGCCACAGCAGGGGGUCACCAAGCCAGCAGUUGCCCCAAGCUUUGGCAGCUCUUUCACUUUUGGCAGCUCUGUGGCCUCAGCCCCAUCAGCAGCCCCAACAUCAGCCACCUUUGGCAGCGCUGCACAAUCUGUUUUCGGGGGUUUGAAAGCCACAGUCUCCACUUUUGGCACCCCUGCCAGCACACAGCCAGCCUUUGGCAGCACCACAUCCCUUUUCUCCUUUGGUGCAGCCACCACCUCUGGCUUUGGUGCCACCACGCAGACCACCAGCAAUGGGACCAGCAGCUCUGUGUUUGGCAGCUCGGCUCCUUCCCCAUUCACAUUUGGGGGCUCAGCAGCCCCAGCUGGCAGUGGGGGCUUUGGGCUCAGUGCAGCCACCCCUGGUACCAGUUCCACCUCUGGAACUUUCAGCUUUGGAGCUGGACAGAGCGGGACCACAGGCACCACCACCCCCUUUGGGGGAGGCUUAAGUCAGAAUACCCUGGGCACACCCAGCCAGACCUCGCACUUCGCCUUCAAUGUAGGCAGCACACCUGAGAGCAAGCCUGUAUUUGGAGGCACAUCCACACCCACUUUUGGGCAAGGCACCCCUGCCCCUGGAGUGGGCACCGCGGGCAGCAGCCUCUCCUUUGGGACCUCCUCAACACCCACCCAAGGCUUUGUUGGAGUUGGGCCUUUCGGCUCAACAGCACCUUCAUUUUCCAUUGGCGCGGGAUCCAAAACCCCAGGGGCUCGCCAGCGGCUGCAGGCCCGAAGACAGCAUACCCGCAAGAAGUAGCCUGCCUCCUAUCCUGUCCCCACCUUGCCUGAACCUGGACCUCAGCCUGCUAGGAAGAGCCUCAACCCUUGAAUUCCAUAACAAACCCAGCCCAUCACCAGGGCAGAAGGUGGUCUGAUCCUCCCAGAGGAAGCAGGCGCCCCAGGGAGGGGCAGAAGCCCAAUACCUUUACUUGAACAGCACAUGGUGAGGCUGGAGAACUAAACAUCUGUACAUAUCGUCCUCUCGCUUCACUGGCGCUUAUUUAGUGUAUAACCUAGGCAACCUCCCUUUUCCUUGAGCACCAUCUUUGCCAGAGGAUCCUGGUGUGCAUCGGAUGGGACUGGGGAACGCAUGUCCCUGAGCUUUACCUGUUUGGCUUGCCCAUGACAAGUGGUCUCUUCCUUGACUCCUUCAGGGACUCUUUCCCCAUUACUUGCUGCUUUUUCACCCGUGGUCCUCUACAAAGCUUAACCCUUUCUACAUGACAUGAAAUCUUGCUUUGCCUUGGAGACUCAAAUGGGCAUUGUGUCGCCCCUUCCUGCCAAGUUUACGUGUUUCAUCUCCGGCUCCUCUACCAGUCCAGCCUCUGAAGGUUGGUGGCUAAAGACCAUUAGGCUGGCAGAGCCAGGGGAGACCUUUGCUCCAGGAGGAGUCCCAGGGUAGGCAGAACAACCUGCCACCGCUUCUAGCUGCCUCUUCACUGGCCCACCACCCCACGGGUCAUUUUGCCUCUCCGGGAUUGUAUGUUCCAAACCUUGUCCUGUGUUUGUCUGAUGCUCACGUGUUGCUCUUUGAAUCGAGUUUGGAGGAAGAAUUGAAUUGUAUGUGUGGCGGCAUGUUAGUAAUGCCGGACUUAAUGUCUCAAGCCUCCUGGGCCUGAAUAAUUGAAUGCGAAAAGUGGCACCGCGUGACAGCCAUAGCGCUGACUCCUGAAUUCUCAAUGUUUUGACUUUUAAGGGUUGGCAGCCCAAGAGACGGCCUGGGGGAACAGAGACCUCUUACCUCCAUUGCUCCCCACCCAUUUACUUCCCCCUAACCCAGGUGCAAGCAUUCCCUGCCUCUUAGGAGACCUAGAUUAAGUGAGCAUACUUGAGGUUCCUUAGCUGUGUCAAACAGGGCCCUCUCAACCUGUCCCUUCAUCUCCUUCCAGAAAUACACCCUCAGGCCCCAGACUGGCUGCCAUGCCGUCUCUUUGGGAAAAGUAUGAAUGCGUGUGUCUAAAUUAAAAGAAAAAAAUAUUUAAACAUUUUUUAACAAAAUAAAAAUUUAUUUUUGUAUUUAAGCUAAAUUGCCUUUUAAAUUCCUUCAAGCUUGGUUCACUGAGGUGGUUAAGUAUAAAUGCUGUUGAACAGUAGGGGUUAGUUAUAUAGUUAAGUUAUGCCUGUGUGAAGGAGGGGUUUAAGUCUGUCCCCGAAGCUUUCCUGAGGGGCAGCGCUCCUUCUGGAUGCAUUGUAUAAACGUGAUUUCUUAUUUUAUAAACAAUGUGAUGUAGCUGUAAGCGAUCCCUCCCUUUGUGACUGGGGUUGUAUGUUUCGUGGCAGGGUUAGGCUGGGCCUGGUGGAGCCAAGGAAGUAGCUGGACCUCACCUCAUGUCCCACAUACCUGUGAUGGGGCAGGUGGGAUCUAGACCCAAAGUUUCCACCCAUGCCAAGGGGAGGGCCUCUGCUCAGUCUGUGCUCAUUACCUCAGCUCCACAACAGGCCAGUGUCCAGGGCCCCUGAUGGUGUUCUGGCAGAGCCUUGGUGUGUGGGCACGUCAGUCCCUGCUCGUGCUGGACAGGGACGGGGGGCUGGGGCUUCAAGCCACAGACUUGAGUCCCUGUGAGUCCAGCUGGGAUUUUUAGUAUGAAUGUGAGAUUGUUCUUGCUUAUGUCAUUAAGAAUAAAACUGUGAUCUGUCAUA